GUCAUUUGCAUUCAUUCUACCGGUUUCUUAGCAUCUAAUGUUAUCGCUUUGUCCCGGGCGCACGCGAGAUGUUGCUGUUGGUGUUGGGAGCCCUCCUCCUGCUGUUCUGCACUCUUGAUGUAUGGUACUUCCUGCGUGGGGCCCAGGUGUUUUUCGAGGCAUGGUUCCAACCCAGAAUAUGGGACAUUCUAGCCGAACAAAGCAUUGAUGGCAUGGUCCUUCCUCACGAUUUGGACUACAUGGGCCACAUGAACAACUCCAGAUACCUGAGGGAGUGUGACUUUGCCCGCUUUCACCAUUAUAUGCGAAACGGGCUGUUCAUGGCCUCGCACAAAUUGGGAGCCAAAAUGGUGGUCGGGGCUUCCACCAUCAGGUAUCGCCGCUCCUUGGCCUUCCGUGAGGCUUUUGAAAUUCGGACCAAAGUAGUGGGUUGGGAUGAGAAGGCCUUUUACUUGGAGCAGCGCUUUGUGUCCAAGAAAGACGGCUUCGUAUCAGCGAUUAUGCUCUGCAGGCAGAAUGUAGUGCGCUGCAGCCCAGAGAAGAUUAUUGAAUUUGUAUGCAAAAGAAAGAUCGAGUGCCCCGAGUUUCCAGAAGACGUCAAACACUGGAUCAGCUACAUUUCAGCCAGCAGCUUGGCUCUGAGAGCAGAGAGUGGACUGGAAGACAAGAACAAGUAAAGCCAUACUCAUGACACUGUGUAUCAUGAGUGUAGACACAUCAUUUGCAUUGCAUGCACAUGUACAAUAUUCGCACAUCCACAUACAGUACAUGCAAACAUUUGCAAACAUUCAGUUUUACUUGACUUAGAAGAGUCCAUCUGAUAGGGGUCAUGCCUACCUGCUGUAUAUUUUUUUAUCAAGUGAAUGGAAGUAAUGGAGUUACAUCAGCUAAAUCUGACAACUUGAAUUAUGGGCUAUUAUAUGUUUUAAAUUGCACUCAUUCACCGGGUUCAAAGGAAAUAAUGACAUAGCUUUACAGUUGCAGCGUGUGAAGUAGUGGACUCUAAAUAGACUGGCUUCCAAAAUUCCUCUCAUUUCAAAUAAGCAUGUAGAGCAAGAGUUAAUCUUCCACUGAUAUUAAUGCAUGAUUUCAAACAGACUGAGUCAUUUUUUGUGCCUGGUUCUCUUGAUUAGUCAUAGUUUAUAGUUAUAAUUUUUAUAGGAAUAUAAAUUUUAUGAAAAUACCAAACAGUAGGUGUCAAGAAAUGUGCUUGGACAUACAUUAACAUGUAAUAACAGUUAAGCUUUUGACUUCACAUUAUUAUUUUGCACAAGGUAACCCAAGUGAGUAUGCAAACUGAACGUCUGAGAAUAAAUGUUUGUUUUUCCUUUGGUGAAUAAAGUUUUUGACCAAAUUCAUUAUACAUCCAUUUAAAGGGUGGGCAUUGUCAUUGGCUUUGUGUGUGAUUAUAGGUGAAAGUGCUAAAAAUUGGACUGGCAGGUGUGACAAACAAUUUUAUUAAGAAUCUUAUUUUAUGAAGCUGCUGGCAACGCACACUGAAGGUUUGGAUGAUGCUCUGUUUUUAGCUGAGACACUGUAGAAAUGUCGACCCCUUUCCUUUAUUGCAUCAAAGCUUUACUUUGUGACCAAUGUAAUGUAUUUAUUCUGUAUGAAAGGGAAACUGUAACAAAAAUGCACAAAAGUCAUAUUUAAUUCUUAAGAUAUAUGUUGUCAUUCAUUCAUGUGUUUAUUAUUAUUCCUUAUUCAUGAAGUGUUAAAAUUGAUUGCUGUAUCGGACUUCAUUCAUUGUGUUUGUUAUUUAUCAGCAUUUUUAAUUAAAAAUGCUUCGGAA